UGCCCCCGCUUCUCCCCCCGCCGAUAAUUUUUUAGGGCGACUCUUUAGUGCCCUAUCCGCUUCUUUCGCUCCUUCUAAAUCGACCACCAUCACAAAAAAUCUAUAAAAUUAAUCAAAAAUAGUAGUGGAAGAAAUACCAAGAUUAACAGAUAUUGACAAUUUUCUGAGCUUUUGGAUUCUUUUGUUUUCCUAACACAUAGCAGGCUCUGUUUGUCACAAAGAUCUCGGGUUUCCCUGUCGUUUUGUUUUUCGAGCUAGUAAAUCGUUUCCUCUGUUUGGUAUUGAAGUCGGCUGCUGAAUGGAACAGAAAAGCAUAUUGUGGUCGGCUUUGAGUGUAGGGGUGGGAGUCGGAGUGGGGCUGGGAUUGGCCUCAGGACAGACUAAAUGGUCAGGAACCGGUUCCGCCUCGAACGCCGUCACUCUGGAGAAGAUGGAGCAGGAGUUGCUCCGGCAGAUAGUUGACGGACGAGAAAGCAACGUCACGUUCGAUCAAUUCCCCUACUACCUCAGUGAGCAGACACGGGUCUUGCUAACAAGUGCUGCUUUUGUCCAUUUGAAGCAUGCUGAUGUUUCUAAGUACACACGAAAUCUUUCUCCUGCCAGUCGGGCUAUUUUGCUCUCAGGACCAGCUGAGCUUUACCAACAAAUGCUUGCCAAGGCUUUGGCCCAUUUCUUUGAAGCGAAGUUACUACUGUUAGAUGUAACAGACUUUUCACUGAAGAUUCAGAACAAAUAUGGUAGUGCGAACAGAGAAUCUUCCUUUAAAAGGUCCACUUCAGAGUCAACCUUGGAGCGAUUAUCUGACUUAUUUGGAUCGUUUUCAACUCGUCAGCUGAGAGAGGAAUCUAAAGGUACAUUACGGAGACAGAGCAGUGUGGCGGAUAUUGGUUCAAGGCCCACAGAUGGUUCUUCUUAUCCUCCUAAGCUUCGUAGACAUGCUUCUGCUUCAGCUAAUAUCAGUAACCUCAUUUCGCAAAACACUUCUGCAAAUUCAGCUCCUCUCAAACGAAGAAGCAGCUGGUCCUUUGAUGAGAAGCUUCUUAUACAGUCUCUCUACAAGGUAUUGGUUUUUGUUUCAAAAACCAAUCCAAUUGUGCUAUAUCUUAGGGAUGUUGAUAAGUUAUUGUUCAGAUCGCAAAGGAUAUAUAACUUGUUCCAGAAACUGUUGAAGAAACUGUCUGGAUCAGUGCUGAUCCUUGGUUCACAAAUUAUGGAUCCUUGCAAUGACUAUGGAGAUGUGGAUGAGAGGCUUACUGCUCUCUUCCCUUACAGCAUUGAGAUCAGGCCUCCAGAGGAUGAAUCCCAUCUCGUCAGCUGGAAGUCUAGACUGGAGGAGGAUAUGAAGACAAUCCAGGUUCAAGACAACAGAAACCACAUUAUAAAAGCACUUUCAUCAAAUGAUCUUGAUUGUGAUGAUCUGGAUACAAUCUGUGUGGCGGACACAAUGGUUCUCAGUAACUUCAUAGAAGAGAUCGUGGUAUCAGCAAUUUCUUAUCAUUUAAUGAAUAACAAGGAUCCUGAAUACAGAAAUGGAAAACUUGUUAUAUCAUCUAAUAGUUUGUCCCAUGGAUUGAGUAUAUUCCAAGAAGGAAAAUCGGAUGACAAAGAUACUUUGAAGUUGGAAGCACAAGCUGAAACAUCUAAGAAUGCAGUGGAGGAAGAGGCUGUUAACAUGAAGCCUGAAACAAAGGCUGAAGGCACAGCUCCUGAACACAAAAGAGAAGCAGAAACGCCAGCUUCAGUGCCAAAGACAGAUGGUGAUAGUUCAGUUCCAUCUUCCAAAGCUCCCGAACCUGACAAUGAAUUUGAGAAGCGCAUUAGGCCGGAAGUUAUACCGGCAAAUGAGAUUGGUGUAACUUUUGCCGAUAUUGGUGCCUUAGACGAGAUUAAAGAGUCCCUUCAAGAGCUAGUGAUGCUCCCUCUUCGAAGACCAGAUCUCUUCAAAGGAGGCCUUCUAAAACCUUGCAAGGGGAUAUUGCUAUUUGGUCCGCCUGGCACUGGGAAGACAAUGCUGGCUAAGGCCAUUGCCAAGGAGGCUGGAGCAAGCUUCAUAAAUGCAUCCAUGUCUACGAUCACUUCUAAAUGGUUUGGUGAAGAUGAGAAGAAUGUCCGUGCAUUAUUCACUCUGGCAGCCAAGGUCUCUCCGACUGUUAUAUUUGUAGAUGAGGUUGAUAGCAUGCUUGGGCAGCGGACCAGAGUUGGGGAGCAUGAAGCAAUGCGUAAGAUAAAGAAUGAGUUCAUGACACACUGGGAUGGGCUCUUGACAAAACCUGGUGAGCGCAUCCUUGUUCUCGCCGCAACCAAUAGGCCAUUUGACCUUGAUGAAGCAAUUAUUAGGCGCUUUGAGAGGAGAAUUAUGGUGGGAUUGCCGUCUGUGGAGAACAGAGAGAUGAUCUUCAGAACUCUCUUGGCAAAGGAAAAGGUUGAAGAAGGACUAGACUUUAAGGAGCUAGCAACAAUGACGGAAGGAUAUACAGGAAGUGAUCUGAAGAACUUGUGCACAACAGCUGCUUAUCGGCCAAUUAGAGAGCUAAUAAAGCAAGAGAGACUAAAGGAUUUGGAGAAAAGGCAGAGAGCUUCAGAAGGGAAAGCAGUCCAAUCUGCAGAAGAGCAGAAUCCAGGAAGUGCUUCAGACACAAAAGAAGAUCAGGAGAACGAAGUAAUUACCCUUAGGCCAUUGAACAUGGAAGAUUUGAGGCAGGCGAAGAAUCAGGUUUCCACAAGCUUUGCAGCCGAGGGAUCUAUAAUGAGUGAGUUGAAGCAAUGGAACGAUCAGUAUGGGGAGGGGGGUUCUAGAAAGAAGCAGCAAUUAACUUACUUCUUGUAACGAGGUUGAUGAGAAGGCUGUUAAGAGAACGAUUUUAAAUCAUUGGGUGAACCAUUGAAAUGAUGUCCACUGUAACAUGAAGUUGAAGCAACCAACAAAAAGAUGGUGGAGAAAACAAAAUGGGAGGUAUGCUUGUCCACUUGAUUAGGUCCUAAUAUCUGGUGAUUCAAGAAUCGGAACCAUCAUGUAGUGCUAUGGUUUUUCUAGGGAUAUAUGCAUGUACGAUUCUUUGGAUGGAGCUUGUUUAUGCUUUUUUGCUGCUUCAUCUUUUUCAUUGCUGUGCCGCCAAGCAAAGCAAAGGAAACCUUUGUUUAAACGGGGGGGUUGUUACUUGUUAGGGAAUACAUUUUAGUUCUUGGAGGUUGAUAUAACCACUACGAAAAUGCUUGAGCAUUAGCCAGAUACUCGAGGAAAACAGACAUGGUCGGACAUGCCACACUAUUUUGGACUUGGAUGGGAUUUGAGUAUCCAAAGUAAGCAAUAUUUCUUUACCAUUUGUAGUGGAUUAUUUGUAUUUCUGAUCAAUUUGAGGGUAAUGGGUUUUAAAAAAGAUACCAAGAGGCUUACGAAUGGCCUUCUCUUA